GCAGCCAUUCCCACCGCGCCACACGCGCCACACGCCCCGCACGGCGCACGCGCCUCGCCCUCGCCUCGCCUCCGCGCGCGCGCCGCGGCUAAGCCAGUGGCACCGAUUCCUCGAUCGGCUUCGCGCCCGCGCCCACGCCCACCGGCGAGCCUCAGCCAAGCCAUCCGAUCGCGGCAAUGGCGACGUCGUCGACGCUGAGCCAGACGCAGCGGUACGCGGCGGGGGCGCUCCUGGCGCUCGCGCUCCGCCAGGCGCAGAUCCACCAGUCCGUCCUGCUCGGAUCCCACGGCCUCGACGACGCCCCGGCCGCCGCUGCCGCAGUCCCCUCUCUCGCCGACCCCGUCGACGCCCGCCACCUCUGGACCCACGACUCCCACGGCCUCCUCCGCCCCGUCCUCAGGUUUCUCGAGAUCGACCACAAGGCAUGGCCGGGCGUGGAGACGACGGCCGCCACCUCCGAGCCCAAGCACCACAUCGGAGCCUUUCUCCGGAAGGUGUUCGAGGACGAGGACGACGGCGAGGCGGCGGCGGCGGAGAGGUCGGAGCAGGAGCUCGCGCUCGCCAAGGCCGUCGAGGCGAUGGCGAUGGGGCUGGAGAACGACGUAGUCGCGGCCGACGAGCUGAUCAAGGCCACCGGCUCCGGGGGGGACGGCGACGAAGGGUGGCCGUGGCUGGCGUCGGCGUCGUCGGCCGGCGGCAGCCGCACCAAGGAUUACCGGAAGAUGGCGGUGCUGUACAUGCUCCUCUCGGCGUGCGUCGCCGACGUGAACAUGGCGGAGGAAGGCAUGGGCUCGCCUCGCAUCAGGAGGGGCUACGACGCCCGCCACCGCGUCGCGCUCCGGCUGCUCGCGACAUGGCUCGACGUCAAGUGGAUCAAGAUGGAAGCUAUCGAGAUAAUGGUUGCUUGCUCUGCUAUGGCUGCAGCGAGAGAGGAAGAACAGUCAGAAGGAAGCGAGUCACCAAGAAGCAGAUGGGAGAACUGGAAGCGUGGAGGAAUCAUCGGCGCAGCCGCCUUGACGGGAGGAACGCUGAUGGCCAUCUCCGGGGGUUUAGCUGCUCCAGCAAUUGCUGCAGGAUUCACUGCUCUGGUUCCAACAUUGCACACACUUAUCCCUUUAAUAGGAGCUAGUGGGUUUGCUGCUAUAGCUACUGCUGCUGGACAUACUGCAGGCUCUGUAGCGGUUGCUGCAUCAUUCGGAGCUGCUGGAGCUGGGUUGACUGGGACCAAAAUGGCCAAAAGAAUUGGUUGUGUGAGAGAAUUUGAGUUCAACACUAUCGGCGAGAACCAUAACCAGGGUCGGCUAGCAGUUGCCAUCUUGGUCACUGGAUUUGCCUUUACCGAGGAAGAUUAUAUGAAGCCAUGGGAAGGAUGGAAGACAAACUUAGAGAGGUACAUUCUGCAAUGGGAGUCUAAGCAUAUAAUUGGCGUCAGUACAGCAAUACGCGAUUGGCUGGCAUCAAGAUUUGCAAUUGAGUUGAUGAGGGAAGGUGCAAUGCAAACUGUGUUAAGUGGUAUUGUUUCUGCGUUUGCAUGGCCGGCUUACUUGGUAUCUGCUGCAGAUUUUAUCGAUAGUAAAUGGUCCAUUGCUAUUGACAGGGCAGAUAAGACUGGGAAAAUGCUUGCUGAAGUGCUGCUCAGAGGAUUGCAAGGAAGCAGGCCUGUCACUCUCAUCGGGUUUUCCCUAGGGGCACGUGUUGUCUUCAAGUGUUUGGAGGAACUAGCUUUGUUGGGAAAUAAUGAGGGACUCGUUGAAAGAGCUGUGAUGAUAGGUGCACCAGUUUCAGAUAAGGAGGAGCUGUGGGAGUCUACCAGGAAGAUGGUUGCUGGACGAUUUGUGAAUGUUUACUCCACAAAUGAUUGGAUUCUCGGUAUCACUUUUCGAGCAAGCCUGCUUUCACAAGGCUUGGCCGGCAUCCAAGCAGUUAAUGUACCUGGAGUUGAAAAUGUUGAUGCCAGUGAGCUCAUCGUUGGACAUUCUUCCUACUUGACACUUGUCAAUCAAAUCCUGGACCAGCUUGAGCUGAACACCUACUAUCCUGUCUUCUAUCCCAGCACACCAAAGUGCGGCACACCGAAGUCAAAGUAACCACUGUAAUUGAGCUGCAGAAAAUUAUAUAUAUGUUUUACGACUGGAAAAGCCAGAUCUGUGCUUUGCAAAGAAGUGUAUAUCUGAUAGCUUGUGGAACAAACAGCUGAAUUUAGUGACAGACAGGUUGCAGUAAAUAAAGCUAACUGCUUUCUUGAAUCAAAA